AUGCUCGGCGGACUCAAGGGAACAUCCUGUUACAUGGACGAUGUCGUAGUUGGUGGUGCAACCGAACAAGAGUACGACCGUAACCUGGAAGCGGUUUUACGGCGCAUCGAAGAUUUUGGUUUUACAUUAAGAGCGGAAAAAUGUUCAUUGCGCCAACGUCAGAUUUCGUAUUUGGGCCAUGUCAUCGACCAUCAAGGGUUGCGCCCAGAUCCAGCGAAGAUCGAAGCGAUCACAAAGCUUUCGCCUCCCACUGACGUCACAGAAGUUCGCGCUUUCCUUGGCGCCAUCAAUUAUUAUGGCAAGUUUGUACCGAGAAUGCGCAUGUUGCGCUUUCCGCUUGAUAAUCUGCUCAAGUCAGAAUCAAAGUUUGAGUGGAACAAGAAGUGUCAGCAAGCAUUUGACAGUUUUAAGUGUAUACUCUCAUCAGACUUGCUGCUUACCCACUACAAUCCGAAGUUAGACAUCAUUGUAGCAGCUGACGCUUCAUCAAUUGGUCUCGGAGCAACCAUCAGUCAUCGAUUUCCGGAUGGCUCAAUAAAAGUGGUCCAGCAUGCAUCAAGAGCACUCACCAAAGCUGAACAAAACUACAGUCAGCCGGAUCGUGAGGGUCUGGCCAUAAUCUUUGCUGUCACCAAAUUUCACAAAAUGCUGUUCGGUCGGCGCUUUCGUCUACAAACUGACCACGCUCCACUGCUUCGAAUCUUUGGCUCUAAAAAAGGAAUUCCCGUUUACACCGCUAACCGACUGCAACGAUUCGCUCUGACCCUACUACUGUAUGAGUUCGACAUUGAGUACGUGGCGACCGAAAAGUUCGGCAAUGCUGAUAUCUUGUCGCGUCUCAUCAAUCACCAUGUAAAACCAGAGGAAGAUUAUGUGAUAGCCAGCAUCUGUCUCGAGGACGAUAUUAGGUCUGUAGCUUCAUGUUCAGUUAACGUUCUUCCUCUCAGUUUCAGAGUCGUCGCGCAGGGUACGCAAUCCGAUCCACUUCUUCGCAAGGUUUUUCGGUAUGUUAGAGAUGGUUGGCCACAAACGCAAUCCAUCGAGCCGGAACUCAAGCGAUUCCAAGCUAGACAAGACUCGCUCACUUUAGUGGAUGGUUGUAUCCUGUUCGGAGAACGACUCGUAAUCCCAAUGCAAUACCGGAAACGAUGUUUGAAACAGUUACAUUAUGGUCACCCUGGAAUUCAAAGGAUGAAAGCACUCUCCAGAAGCUAUGUGUACUGGCCUUCGCUCGACGAAGAAGUAAGCGCCUUCGUCAAGACUUGUCAGCAUUGUGCGUCAGUCGCACGGUCUCCUCCUCGCGCAGAACCGGUUCCUUGGCCUAAAGCAACUGGACCAUGGCGACGUGUGCAUGUUGAUUUUGCUGGUCCAGUCGAUGGUGAAUACUAUCUUAUCGCCGUCGACAGUUUCUCUAAAUGGCCUGAGGUGGUACAAACUCGGCGUAUCACUUCUCACGCAACAAUUAGUAUUCUGCGAGGAAUAUUUGCUCGCUUGGGAAUGCCCGAAAUCUUAGUGUCAGAUAACGGAACUCAGUUCUCCAGCGCUGAAUUUGCUAACUUUUGCAUGGCAAACGGAAUCAAACACAUAACAACAGCCCCAUUUCAUCCACAGUCAAAUGGGCAAGCUGAGUUUUGUGGAUACGUUCAAACGCACCGUCAAAAAAAUUCAAGAGGGAAGAGGAACCAUCGAAGAAGCCUUGGACAUUUUCUUGCUUACGUACCGAAGUACGCCUAG